CAACCAAUUUCAUAAAAGGCUGUGUCACCGUCUGGGGUGGUUUCCCUGUCGGUUCCUCAUUUAAGCAUGAGCGGGAAAUUUAGUUUCGCCAUGGACGAGUCGUUGAGUUUAGUUCGAUAUAAAUUUCUAAAUUAUUUAUAAACUUAUUUUUAAGUGGUUUUUUAUCGUAGUAGGAGAUCAAUAUAUUUAACCUAAGUGAUUGACAUCGAAAAUGGAUAAUAAUUAAAAUGAAAUGAUACCAGAGGAAUUCAUUUUGAUUACCAAAAUGAAUUUAUGAUAAUCUGCAAAACUUUCUCCCUGAUUGAAAUUUUUUUUAAAAAAUGGGAUUGAGAUGCGUAGAACACACAUUGUUCGUUUUGUUAUGCUCUGGAUGUGUUACCGCAUGGUUUAAUUUAUUUGUCAGUAGAACGGAAGGAAAAAGAAUUCUAGGAUUGAAUGCUGAGUUGCGUUAUGUAGACAAUGGAACAGUUAAUGAUUAUGCCCUUGGAUUUUCAAUAAUGGUUCCGGAACACGUAUGGGAAUUAUUUUUCACCUGGAAUAGCUUAAAGCCCACACCAAUUCCCUACACCAUAGAUAUAGGUGUGAGCAACUAUGAGGCAAUGAUGAGACCACAACUAAAUAUCACUCGAAAAGGAUUCGUGCCUAUGCAUUUAGGAACAUUCCGAUUGUUGCUGCGAUGUACUGGAAAGGUCGAUGCAGAAGUAGGAAUAUUUAUGAGAAUGAAUUUUUCGAUGCCACCUCCUUUUCCUGAAUCUAUUUACUUCACACUGAAAAGGAAGAAGAUAUGCCACAUCAGAAACAAUACUUCAGGUGACAGUCUUACAAUUGCUGAUGCAAUGAUUGACACAACUGGUUCCCUGUACAUUGCUGUUGGUUUCAUAAGCGCUUUUAUUCUUAUAGUAGCCAUGGUGGCUGUAUUGUGCUAUGUGAGAACAGUAAAAGCUCGGAUGUCAGAUGUCAUACAUUAUGGAGAAACUUCGCCUGUACUUUUGGCUUCAACACAGAAUGCCUUCUUGAAAUCUAAUACCCCAAGUGUUCACAGUCAUGCUAACAGUUUUGCAAGCAGUAAGAAACUAACUUCUUCUACCAACAUCCCUUACGAACAUGUAUCUAGUUUGAAACAAAUCAGAGAUUUGAGACACGUAUCCGAAUAUGUGGCUGAGAUCAGGAUGGAUAGAAGAAACAUAAUUCUUCGAGAAAAGAUACAAAAGGGAACGUAUGGGAGAAUAUAUAGUGCAGUAAUAGUUGACUCGAAUGAAUUGUUACCAAAAAGAAAACCAGCAAUUGUCAAAACAGUUACAGAUCAAGCUAACUCUUUCCAAACAUCACUUUUAAUUAAAGAAGGGAUGAAAAUGUUGGGAUUACAGCAUGAGUACGUCUUACCACUCAUUGGCUUAUGCACUGAAGAUCAGUUGCAUCCAAUACUUGUUUAUCCUUUUAUGGCCAAUGGAAAUUUGAAAUUGUUUCUGCAACAAUGCUCAGCAGGAUACGGAUGUGUUCUAACGACAAUCGAUCUAGUGUCGAUGGCUAUACAGAUUAUCAAAGCCAUUGAAUACUUGCAUUAUAGAGGAGUCAUUCACAAGGAUAUUGCAACAAGAAAUUGUGUAGUGAAUGAAGAUCUUCAAAUUAAACUUGCUGAUAAUGCUCUUGCAAGAGACCUUUUCCCAAAUGAUUAUCAUUGUUUGUGUGAUAGUGAGAAUAGGCCAAUCAAGUGGUUAGCUGUUGAAAGUAUAGUGAGGAAUGAAUUUUCAUUUGAAACAGACGUGUGGUCUUUUGGAGUUACAUUAUGGGAGCUGGUCACUCUAGGACAUCAACCCUAUGCAUCAGUAGAUGCGUUUGAAAUGUUUUCCACUCUGAUGGAUGGAUAUAGAUUAAAUCAACCGAAAAACUGCCCAGAUGAUCUGUAUAAAUUGAUGUGGUACUGCUGGUCAGAAUUACCAGAAAUCAGACCGUCUGUUAGGGAACUCGUAAGAUGCUUACAAGAUCUGUAUAUAAAAUUAGGAAGUUUUAUAUGAAUAAAUUAUAUACAUCCUUUUUGUUAUUAA